AUGAAAUUACAGGUGCUACUAGCUAACGAGCGACAAUUUCAUCGUGGACUAACGAAUAAUUCGAUCUCCAUUUCUUUGAUUAAAGCUGAACGAAAUUCGCAACCAGGUGAAAAUUCAAAUUGUUAUUCGACUGCAACACAACCUUCCGCAACAGAACCAGCAGGAACAACGCCAGCUGAAUUGUCAGGAGACCGCAGAAAUGACGAAAUAUCAGUACCAACCAGUUCCGUAGCGAACAAUGCGAACGAUGCUGCUCAAAUGGAUAUUUAUCGGGAUUUGAUACUACGACAUCUCAUUCAAGAUAUAAAUACAACAUGUACCAAACUUGGACUACCAACAGACCCGCAAGCUUGGAGUGCCGAGCAUAGUGCCCGCUGGAUGUCUGAAAUGUGCGUGCAAUUUCAACUUCCCCCACCACGACAAUUAUACAUGAACGGGCGUACUUUAUUAUCGAUGACACAGGACGACUUUAUGGUUCGAGCACCAGAAGGGGGUGACACGCUGCAUGCACAAUUACAAUUAUGGAAAACUGCAUAUGAUUCAUACAGCCAACAAAAUAACAACAACACAACCACCAACAACAACAGUAAUAAUAAUAACGGCAACAAUCAAGGCAUCUCACAAAUAACCCAAAACUGUAAUCGUUCCUCACAAUAUUGGGUGAAUCCUUCUCCACUGGCGUUGAAUGUAACAGAACAAGGAGAACUGCUAACAUCAGCGCAAGAUUAUUUAAAUAAUUUCAAUCCAAGCAAUACCGAUGCAGCUAUUGGCAUGAGCUGUUAUCCUAACAAUACAUAUCAAAACGUAUCUCAAGAAGGAACUCUUCUUGGAAAUGCUGCUGUACAACAGCAAUACUAUGCAUCAGCCCAGACCGCUGGAAUCGGAAUUUUACCGAGUCCAAGCGAUUCUGAAAUAUCUUCUAACGACUCUUCAAUGAAUGAUGUAAAUACUAUUGAUGGGACUAUCAUUGAUGCUCGACAAACAGGCACACCACAAUUCCCUCGACAUUCUGGCACAGUGCAUCUUUGGCAUUUCAUCAGAGAGUUGCUGGAUCAUCCGAAGCAAUAUAGCUCAUGUGUUAGAUGGGUUGAUAGGCAGGAAGGUACUUUCAAGAUAGAAUCGUCACACCACCUGGCUCGUUUUUGGGGUCAGCGCAAAAAUCGAGCCCAAAUGAAUUAUGAUAAAUUGUCACGAUCGUUGCGACAGUAUUACAAGAAAGGUAUUAUUCAGAAACCUGAGAAGAAGCAACGUCUUGUUUACAAGUUCCUUCCGCCAUAUAAUUUGUAA